AUGUCGCACCCCACGGAGCAGGUCAACGAGCCUGCUCAGAUCUCAGAGAAACAACAAUCUUCCCCGCAACCUGCGAUCGUGGAAAAGCGCGAAUCGAACGAUCGGUCGUCCGCCAGCAGCUCAACCGCAAUUUCACCUGCAGAUAAGGACCAACAACAACAACAACCCAAGUCCUCUCCUAGUAAUGCGGACGUCGGGGUCAACAACAUCGAUGCCCUUCUGGCCCAUUUGCCAGAGGAGGAGCGUCAGAUUCUGAAGAAGCAGCUGGAUGAGGAGAAAGCGCAAGUCUCGUUCUUUGGUCUUUACCGCUAUGCGACCAGGAUGGAUCUAUUUAUUAUUGCUGUUAGCAUCCUGUGCUCCAUUGCUGCUGGCGCUGCGUUACCCCUGUUUACUAUUCUCUUUGGUUCCCUAGCCUCAGUCUUCCAGGAUAUCGUGCUAGGCCGCAUUGCCUAUCAUGCGUUCUACCACAAAUUGACAGAGAAUGUUUUGUACUUUGUCUAUCUCGGUAUCGGCGAAUUUGUCACAAUUUAUAUCAGCACGGUGGGCUUUAUCUACACGGGAGAACACGUUACACAGAAAAUCCGCGAAAAAUACCUGGAAUCUAUUUUGAGGCAAAACAUCGCCUAUUUCGAUAAGUUAGGUGCUGGUGAAGUGACCACUCGUAUUACUGCGGAUACAAACCUCAUCCAAGAUGGUGUCUCGGAGAAGGUUGGCCUCACCUUGACUGCCCUUUCAACUUUCAUUACCGCCUUCAUUAUCGCCUAUAUCAAAUACUGGAAAUUAGCCCUGAUCUGUAGCUCCACCAUUGUGGCUCUCGUGUUGACCAUGGGCGGUGGGUCUCGGUUUAUUAUCCAGUACAGCAAGAAGUCUCUCGAAAGCUAUGGUGCUGGUGGGACUGUUGCGGAGGAAGUCAUCAGCUCGAUCAGAAAUGCCACCGCAUUCGGUACCCAGGACAAGCUCGCCAAACAGUACGAAGUUCAUUUGGAGGAGGCAGAAAAAUGGGGGGUAAAGACCCAAAUGAUCAUGGGCUUUAUGAUCGGCGGCAUGUUCGGCCUCAUGUUCUCAAACUACGGUCUCGGCUUCUGGAUGGGUUCCCGUUUCCUGGUGGAUCAAGAACUCGGCGUAGGUGACGUUCUUACAGUGCUGAUGUCUAUCCUUAUUGGCUCUUUCAGCUUGGGGAAUGUUGCUCCUAAUGCUCAAGCAUUCACCAAUGCUGUGGCUGCGGCUGCCAAGAUCUUUGGAACCAUCGAUCGUCAGUCGCCGUUGGACCCAUACUCUAAGGAAGGAAUGACUCUCGAACACUUCCAAGGUAAUAUUGAGCUACGCAACAUCAAACACAUUUACCCCUCCCGACCAGAAGUAACUGUGAUGGAGGAUGUCUCCUUGUCUUUACCUGCCGGUAAGACAACAGCUCUGGUGGGCCCCUCGGGUUCCGGAAAGAGUACGGUGGUUGGUCUCGUUGAGCGUUUCUACAUUCCUGUUCGCGGUACAGUCCUCCUGGACGGCCACGAUAUCAAGGAUCUGAACCUUAGCUGGCUCCGUCAACAGGUGUCUCUGGUUAGCCAAGAACCCGUGCUUUUCGCUACCACUAUCUAUAAAAACAUCCAGCACGGUCUUAUUGGUACCAAGUUCGAGAAUGAGCCAGAGGAAAAGAUCCGGGAACUCAUUGAGAACGCUGCCAAAAUGGCCAACGCACAUGACUUCAUUACAUCUCUCCCUGAAGGGUAUGAGACCAAUGUUGGUCAGCGAGGGUUCCUGCUUUCUGGUGGCCAGAAGCAGCGUAUUGCAAUUGCUCGCGCUGUAGUGAGCGACCCCAAGAUUUUGUUGCUCGAUGAAGCUACUUCCGCCUUAGAUACCAAGUCUGAGGGUGUCGUACAAGCGGCACUCGAGAAGGCCGCUGAAGGUCGCACUACGAUCGUCAUCGCUCACCGUCUGUCUACAAUCAAAACGGCACACAACAUCGUUGUCCUAGUUGAUGGCAAGAUUGCUGAACAGGGAGCCCACGAUGAGCUUGUCGACUACCAAGGUACCUACUAUAAACUUGUUGAAGCGCAACGUAUCAACGAGGAGAAGGAGGCGGCGGCCUUGGACGAGGACGAGGACGAGGACGAUGCUGAUGAGGGCGCUGGUUAUGCAAAGGGAGAUAUUACUCCGGUGAAGACGGCAAGCAGUGGAUCGGACUCGCUCGAAGAUGAAAAGAUCGCGAUAAGCCGCACAAGAACGCAAAAGUCUAUCUCAAGUGCUAUCUUGGCCAAGAGGGACCCUGAAGUCAUCCCCAAAUACUCUCUUUGGACUCUCGUGAAAUUUAUUUUCUCCUUCAACCGUCCUGAAAUCGGCUACAUGCUUAUCGGCUUUUUCUUCUCGACUCUUGCUGGUGGUGGCCAACCUACACAGGCCGUGCUCUAUGCUAAAGCGAUCAGCACUCUGUCGCUCCCCGAGACCAUGUAUGCCAAACUACGACAUGAUGCAAACUUUUGGUCUUUGAUGUUCUUUGUUGUUGGAAUUAUCCAAUUUACCACCCUCUCCAUCAACGGGGCCGCAUUUGCCGUGUGCUCAGAGAGGCUUAUUCGCCGUGCACGAAGCAAGGCCUUCAGGUCCAUUCUUCGCCAAGACAUCACCUUCUUCGACAGAGAGGAGAACAGCACUGGUGCGUUGACGUCGUUCUUGUCCACCGAAACGAAGCAUUUGUCCGGUGUUAGUGGUGUGACCUUAGGAACAAUUUUGAUGACUUCCACCACCCUGGGGGCAGCGAUUAUUAUUGCUCUUGUGAUUGGUUGGAAGCUCGCCCUGGUCUGUAUCUCAGUCGUCCCGAUUCUCCUUGGGUGUGGAUUCUACCGAUUCUAUAUGCUCGCCCAGUUCCAACGACGAUCUAAGCUUGCCUACGAGGGAUCUGCCAGCUUUGCUUGUGAAGCAACUUCUUCUAUCCGCACCGUUGCCUCCCUCACCCGAGAAAAGGAUGUCUGGGAAAUUUAUCACCAACAGCUUGAUGCACAGGGAAGGAAGAGUCUGAUCUCUGUACUUAGGUCCUCGACCCUUUAUGCUUGCUCCCAGGCACUUGUCUUCUUUUGUGUUGCGCUUGGCUUCUGGUACGGAGGCACCCUUCUUGGUCAUCACGAGUAUUCUAUUUUCCGCUUCUUCGUCUGCUUCUCCGAGAUUCUCUUCGGUGCUCAGUCCGCGGGGACUGUCUUUUCCUUCUCUCCAGACAUGGGCAAGGCUAAGAAUGCUGCCGCUGAGUUCAGAAGGCUAUUUGAUAGAAAGCCAACCAUCGAUGUUUGGUCCGAGGAGGGCGAACAGCUCGAAUCUAUGCAAGGUGAAGUUGAAUUUCGAGACGUCCACUUCCGAUACCCCACUCGCCCUGAGCAGCCUGUUCUACGCGGACUGAACCUGACCGUGAAACCUGGACAAUACAUUGCUCUUGUUGGACCUAGUGGCUGUGGCAAGAGUACUACCAUUGCACUGAUGGAGCGCUUCUACGAUGCCAUUGCGGGAUCCAUUUUUGUGGAUGGAAAGGAUAUCACCAAGCUCAAUGUCAACUCCUACCGUCGAUUCCUGUCGCUAGUCAGUCAGGAGCCCACGCUGUACCAAGGUACGAUUAAGGAGAAUAUUCUGUUAGGCAUCACUGAGGAUGACGUGCCGGAAGAAGCCUUGGUGAAGGCUUGCAAAAAUGCCAACAUCUAUGAUUUCAUCAUGUCUCUUCCGGAUGGCUUCAACACUGUUGUCGGUAGCAAGGGAGGCAUGUUAUCAGGAGGUCAAAAGCAGCGUGUGGCUAUUGCAAGAGCGCUUCUGCGCGAGCCGAAGGUCCUCCUCCUUGAUGAGGCCACCUCUGCCCUUGACUCGGAGUCCGAGAAGGUCGUCCAGGCAGCCCUGGAUGCCGCCGCUCGGGGACGCACCACCAUCGCCGUUGCCCACCGAUUGAGUACGAUCCAGAAAGCAGAUAUUAUCUAUGUCUUUGAUCAAGGCAAGGUGGUUGAAAGCGGAAACCACCAAGAACUGAUCCGAAAGAAGGGUCGUUACUAUGAACUGGUGAACCUCCAGAGUCUGGGUAAGGGCCAAUAA